CUGAACUGGAGCACAGGUGAAAUAAUCAGCUGAUUAGUAAACAACAUGGUUAUUUUACCUGCUCUCAUCCAAGAAAGAACGUUCAAAAUGGCUACAACAGACCCAGAAAUUUUGAACCCAACAUGCAAGAUAAUGACCUUUAGGCCGACCAUUGAAGAAUUUAAAGAUUUCAACAAAUAUUUAGUGUAUAUGGAGUCUAAAGGUGCUCAUCGAUCUGGACUGGCAAAGGUAAUUCCCCCUAAAGGAUGGAAGCCUAAAAGACACUAUGAUGACAUUGAUGACCUGGUUAUUCCAGCUCCAAUUCAGCAGAUGGUUACAGGGCAGUCAGGACUCUUUACUCAGUACAAUAUUCAAAAAAAGCCUAUGACUGUCAAAGAAUUUAGACAUAUGGCAAACAGUGACAAGUACUGUUCUCCCAGAUACAUGGACUAUGAAGAUUUGGAACGUAAAUACUGGAAGAAUUUAACUUUUGUAGCACCAAUAUAUGGAGCAGAUGUUAAUGGAAGUUUGUAUGAUGAAGAUAUUAAUGAAUGGAAUAUUUCCCGCUUGAACACCAUCCUUGAUGUUAUAGGAGAUGAUUGUGGGAUAUCCAUUGAAGGUGUCAAUACUCCUUAUCUUUACUUUGGUAUGUGGAAAACAACAUUUGCUUGGCAUACUGAAGAUAUGGAUCUUUACAGCAUCAACUACCUCCACUUUGGAGAGCCCAAGUCAUGGUAUGCAAUUCCUCCAGAGCAUGGAAAAAGGCUAGAACGCUUGGCCCAAGGUUUUUUUCCUAAUAGUUCUCAAGGAUGUGAUGCUUUUCUUCGACAUAAAAUGACGCUUAUAUCUCCAUCAAUACUGAAGAAGUAUGGAAUUCCUUUUGACAAGGUAACACAAGAGGCUGGUGAAUUUAUGAUCACUUUCCCAUACGGAUAUCACGCAGGCUUCAAUCAUGGCUUCAACUGUGCCGAAUCAACAAAUUUUGCUACAGUCAGAUGGAUUGAUUACGGAAAAAUGGCCAAACUGUGCUCAUGUAGCAACGACAUGGUAAAGAUAUCGAUGGAUAUAUUUGUGAAGAAAUUCCAGCCAGACAGAUAUCCGAUCUGGAAACAAGGAAAGGACAUGUUUGCCAUUGAUCACACUAAGCCAACACAAGCAUCAACACCUGCAUUGAGGGUAUGGAUGCAGAAGAGGAAGAAGGGAACCCAUGCUAAAAGCCUUCGGCGUACCAGAGCUCAUUCUAAGAGGCUUAGGACUCUGGAGGAUGAGAAAGUAUCAGCAAUGGUAGUUGGUAGAGAAAUCAUAGCUACUGAAGCUGCUACAGAUGGUUUCAAGGUCACUGAAAAAUCCACAGAAAGAGCAGAGCAAGUAAACAAAAGCGAGCCUUCUGGGAAUAUAACCAACAUUAGAGAAGUGCAUCUGGAUCACAGCUUAUUGAAUAAAAUCCAACCCUCAGGUUUACUUUCUGAUCCUUCAGAGCAAGAGAUAACGCCAGCAGAAAAGGAUAACGCUGACCUCAGUUUGGCUGCUUCUGUUCUUGAAGAGCUCUCUGGUUCUUUCAGCACAGUUGCUAAAGUAAAAGUAGAAGAAGUAUCAGGUUUACUGGAGGUGGUUGACUUGAAAAUAUGUCAAACGUCACAGACAAAUGAUCAUUCUGAGUCUGAGAGUGUACACAAAGAAGAAACUAGCAGUAUUUCAAGUGAUGAAGAUGCCAGUGACCUUGAGGCUGUUGAAAAUGGUCUAGAGCCUGGAGAAAUUCCUAAUGAUACAGAUACAGUCUCUGAAAAACCCAAUGAUUCAUAUUGUGAAGAAAACAAUGCAGAGAGACAAAUAAUAACAAGGAGUAGAAGGCUUCCGCUGAGCAGACCUCCUUGUAUGUCUCCAUUGACAGUGGUUAAACAACAAACAACAAAUGAAGAAGACGAAGGAUUAAUUUGGGAAAAUUUUGCCCAUAUUCCAGUUCUACAUAAGGUGGAAGAAGCAAGUCUCAAGCAGGAGUUGAUUGAAAGCUCUGUACUUGACGACAAAGGAGAAGAAAUUGAACUUUGGGCCAAACCUCUUGUGCACCUAUGGCAGUCGAAGGUGUUUAGUUUUGCUGCUGAAAAAGAAUACAAUGCGUCUAUUUCCAAAAGGAAACCAUACUGUGCUGUUUGUUCUCUCUUUUUGCCUUAUCACAAGUCAGAUACCUAUAACGAUGAUAUCCAGUCGUACUGGGAGAGCGUUGCAAGUGAAAUUAGUGCAUCUGAUCCAAAAACUAAGCCUCUUAUCCCAGAGAUGUGUUUUAUAUGCAGCGAAGACAGUGCAGAAGAUACAGACCCUAAUACUCUCCAGGAUGAUGGAAGAUGCCAACUGAUUUCUUGUGCAAAGUGUUGUUUGCAGGUCCAUGCAAGUUGUUAUGGUGUACCUCCCCAUGAAAUUCAUGACAAAUGGAUGUGUUCCAGAUGCAAAACUGGUAUUUUGACAGCAGAAUGCUGUCUCUGCAAUUUAAGAGGAGGUGCGUUAAAACAAACUACUGACAACAAAUGGGCACAUGUAAUUUGUGCUCUUGCAAUUCCAGAAGUUAGAUUUAAGAAUGUUACCGAGAGAUCACCAAUAGAUACCAGCAAAAUUCCACCUGAAAGGCUUAAGUUGAAAUGUGUUUUCUGUCGACAAAGGGUAAAAGAGGUUUACGGAGCUUGCAUCCAGUGCUCAUAUGGACGGUGCCCUACAUCCUUCCAUGUGACCUGUGCUCAUGCCGCUGGCGUACUGAUGGAGCCUGAUGACUGGCCGUUUUUAGUCUACAUCACAUGCUUCAGGCAUAUGAUCAAUCAGAACGCGAGAGGCAAAGUAGUGGGAAAACAAAUAUCUGUUGGACAGGUAGUCAUCGCAAAACACAGGAAUACAAGAUAUUACAGCUGCAGGGUAAUUGAAGUAACCUCGCAAACCUUCUAUGAAAUAAUUUUUGAUGAUGGAUCUACCAGCAAAGACACAUUCCCAGAAGAUAUCGUUAGCAGAGAUUGUCUUAAACUUGGCCCACCUGCAGAGGGAGAAGUUGUCCAGGUGAAGUGGCCAGAUGGCCUGUGCUAUGGAGCAAAAUAUCUAGGAAAUAAUACAGUUCAUAUGUACAGAGUGGAGUUUGAAGAUGGAUCACAAAUUGUUACGAAACGAGAAGAUAUUUACACAAUGGAUGAAGAACUACCCAAAAAGAUUAAGUCUCGUUAUUCUAGAGCAUCAGACAUGAAAUUUGAAGAUGCAUUUUAUGGUGAGGAAGUCAUUUGCGGACAAAGAAAAAGACAGAGGGUGCUAAACGUGAAGUUUAAGAAUGAAUAUGUUGAUGAUCCAGGCUACCGUACUUUCCUUAAGAGUUCAUUCCAGAAGAAGUGUAAGAAGGGGCAGUAAAAAUCAGAAACCACCCAUAAUGCAAUAGAAAUGAAAGCAUUUGGAAACGUUUCUUACAAACAUUUGCACUACAGUGAAAAUACUACAAUAUAUGCACCGUGAACAUUUGGAUUCAAUAAACAAUAUUCACAAAGGAGAAGAAAAAAAGAAGAUUGUGCUGAUUUUCUGUUGAUCAGGAGCAUAUGUUUUUGAUGUUUUGAUGAAUUUCCAGCAGAAAAUUAAAAGUAACUAUGUGCCACCAAACUAUUUACAGUGACUGGUAUAAAUCUCACAAAGUAAUAUAUUUAGGCAGGAAAAAGCCUUAACAUCAGUCUCUGUAGCUUUAUAUUUUUCCAAAGCGGAUGUCAAUGCAGAACAGUAAUCAUAAACACUUGGAAAUGACUUCAGACACUCAGGGUUACAGUAAGUACCAUGCUUGAAGACUAAAGAUUGAAAAAAAAACAUGGGUAUGAACGAAAUCUCAUAGCAUCUUUAACUAUAUCCAAAUGCAAGUAAAUAAUUGUCAGGGAUUAAAGGAACAGUUCAUCCUAGCCCAGUUCUCACUUUGUAAAAAUGUUUUAUUAGCAACACUUACACCCUUAAAGGGACAUAACAUGCAAAAUGUAAUUCCUCAUCAAAAAAGGUUUAAUUAUGCACAGUGAAACAAAAAUUGUAAUGCACUUUCAUUAUUUAUUUUGCCUGCUUACCGGCACAGUGAUGGUUUAUAUGUUUCCCUAAUUGGCCACAGAAGAGGAGAUAAAGUACACAAAAAUUAAGAGAGUUUUUUUUUUCCAACUGCAAAACAAUGCAGGUUUUGCUAACAAAAUGAUAGUUUUAAGGAUUUUUACAAAAUGUAUUUUGAUACAUUUCUGUUGCAUACAUCAAAAAAUAAGUUAAUGUUCCUUUAAAUUGUGUUAAUGUAUAUAUUGCAUAUCACUGGAUCUGAACAUUAAACGGAUCCCAUUGAUUUCGGUGAAUAUGACCAGUACUUAGGAGUACUUUGUACUUCAAGCAGUUGCUUUUCAUGAAACCUGUGAGUCAGUAUCACAGUUGUGAAUAAAGCAAUCUACCUGCUGUGCCCUUCUCUGCCAAACACUCCAACAGCAUAACAAAAUUCAUUUAUAAAGCAAUAAGAGUUAUUUUCUGAGACCAACAUGGAAUUGAUUGUUUUGGUAUUUAUUUUUUCCUAAGUAAUGUGCAUCUGAUUUGGCAGAAUUUGUAUUUAACAACUACUACACACAUUCUUAGGUAUAUUUAUAAAUAGUUUGAGUAACUGACAGAAGAAAUAAAAUAAUUUGAAAUGC